UGAGUUGUGAUCUCCUGCUCUUAUUUGCAGCGUGUUCUUAUUUACCCGUAUUACUGGCGCCGUUCCUGGCUGUAUUAUUUAGUCCUGACAGCAAAGCGCUCAAGGACUUUCCUGAGCGAACUCUCCGUGAAAUAACUGCUUACCCCGGCAAAACACCGUGACACAGCAAGCUCUCCCAGCAUUACCUCUACUGAGCCCAGGAAAGUACUGAUACGAGAGAAAAGGGCUGUAAUUGUACUUUAAAUAAGAAGUGUGGAUUGUUGAGAAGUGCCCAGGGUGCUGUAGCAACCGCUGCCUUGGCUCGGACUGAUCAUUGAGAACAGACAGCGAAAUCUUAUCGCGUGCGCUCAAGGUAGACGGAAAACAACUCGAGCGGCGGAGAAUCAUUCCAAUCCCCGUUCGGAUUUACUUUCAUCCUUGUUUACGUUUAAUAAGAGCCGCCUAUGCGUCUGCGGCUGAGCGCUUGUUUGAUUAUUAUUUGCUUACACGGUCUCACGCUGCGCAGCUCUUUCAUGUCUGUCUGACUCGUACUUUUUCCAAGGAUUUCGUCGAUGAACUUGUUGCGGUGAGUCCCCUUUAAACCCUCACGGCCUGUGUUGAACUCAGUUUCUAGACUAUGGAGGUUCCGGUCAGUCUGGGGGAGGCUUGCGAGUCCCCAGACGCCGUUUUUCACGGACUUUUCCAAAGCGUUUUUCAAAACGUGCGCGUCGCGAGAGCGAACAACCACGAGAGUUUGGACUUUUCUAGCUCCAGAAAGUGCGGCUUCCUGCAGGAGACCGCGUCGAGGGAAAUGCGUUUAAGCAAGCUGUCCCCCGGCAGAGGAAUAAUUUACAGCCCCGAGAAAGAGAGCGAGAGUGCGAGUUUAGUGAUGCAGGCGGCGAGCCGUAACGUUAUUCAGUUUCUCAGGAGUUCCACGGGAAGCAAAAGCGACGCGUCUCUGUCAUCUAGCGGCCCGGGCCGCGCAGAUGCCACCGAAAGCAGCGGCAGUCGCGCAGGUUUCUCUCGGGGCGCUGAGAGCGGACAGAAGGGCUGCGGUGCGGUUGAAGUUCACACGCGCGAGUUGGGCUCGAGUCGUGACGCAAGUGUGGCGAGUAGAAGUCGCGCGUGCACCAGCACCAGAACCAGCAGCAGCGGCGACGGCGACAGCAGCAGCAAUAGCAUCUCGGAGACAGCGCGAGAGCUGUACAAAGCCGUGUCCGUGUCUUUGGGCUUAGCUAUGGAGUCCAGCGAACUGGGCGAGGUGGGACCGCACCAUGCACCGCCGCCCCUGACCCAUGAAAGUAGUAGUGAGGAAAUCUAUUUGUUCGAAAUGCCUUUGCUCAACUGCUCAGUGAGCGAAAAGGAGGCAGGAGGAAAAGACAGAGAGUACGCUCUCGCGGCGGGACGAGACAGAGGCACCGAGCUGCGUGACAGGGACAAAGUGUUUGGGAUGUUUAAAUGUGACGACCUGGAGCAGCUAGCAGGUGAGGGGACGACCUUGCAGCGCAGCAGCACGUCUCGAUCACACUUAACCGCGGAUGUACGGGAGCUGCAUGAGUUCGGCAGCCUGUCCGGGGACACUGCCAACCUGAGUUCAGAAGGUACGGCAGUAACUACAGAACCAGAUAUGGAUGCAACGCGAGCGGCUUCGUGCCAGUUUGAACAACUGUUGCCCGCGAGCAUGACCCAUUUCUUGCACCCGGAGCUAGAAAACGGACCUAGCCAGAGCUUCGCGAAGCCCGCGGAGAUGUCCGGCGAGUUCGCCGGCCCCGUGGAGGAUUACGUGAAUCUCUAUAAUGUCAAAAUCAAGGCAGAGAUGAUGCCCCGUGAACUGAAUGACACCUGGGCUUACCCGCAUAGGUACACUGAGGACAGUAACGGCCAGUACGGGCAUCCCAGUCAGAGGACCACUUACGCAUCUGGGCACGAAACGUCUUUUAUUUGUAACCCCUAUGAGUGCAGCCGAAGCGAGGCUCUGGUUCCGAGGGAGCGACCUCCACCUGAACAGUGGUACCCCAACGGGAUGCUGAGCCGUCCCCCUUACCCUAACGUGCCCUGCGUUAAAAACGAGAUGGGCAAGUGGGUGGAUGUAACUUCAUUUGCGGAUGGCAGGUUUGAUGGAGGGAGGAGUGACAUUUUCCCAAUGGAUUUUUUUCUUCCUCCACAAAGGAGAUGCCUAAUCUGCUCUGAUGAAGCAUCAGGAUGUCACUACGGAGCCCUCACUUGUGGAAGCUGCAAAGUGUUCUUUAAGAGAGCUGCUGAGGGGAAGCAGAAGUAUCUCUGCGCUAGCAGGAACGACUGCACCAUAGAUAAACUGAGGAGGAAGAACUGCCCAUCCUGCCGUCUGAAGAAGUGUUUCGAGGCUGGAAUGACCCUGGGAGCCCGCAAGCUGAGGAAGAUCGGACAGAUGAAAGGUUCGGAGGAGGUCAGCCCCGUUCAGGGCCCAUCAGAGGUAGCCCAGUGCCUGUCGCCCAAGCCAAGCCUGACGUUCCACUCACAGUUGAUCUUCCUGAACAUCCUGGAGGCCAUCGAGCCCGAGGUGGUGAACGCCGGCCAUGAUCACGCUCAGCCUGACUCAGCAGCUGCUCUCCUCACCAGCCUUAACGAGUUGGGAGAGAGGCAACUUGUCAAGGUAGUGAAGUGGGCCAAAGGACUUCCAGGUUUCCGUAACCUGCAUGUGGAUGAUCAGAUGACGGUCAUACAGCACACCUGGAUGGGAGUGAUGGUCUUUGCUCUGGGUUGGAGGUCCUACAAGAACGCCAAUGCGCGGAUGCUGUACUUCGCGCCGGACCUGGUCUUCAAUGAUCAUAGGAUGCAUAUCUCCACCAUGUACGAGCACUGUGUUCAGAUGAAGCACCUCUCGCAGGAGUUUGUUCUGCUGCAGGUCACACAGGAAGAGUUCCUCUGCAUGAAGGCCCUACUUCUUUUCAGCAUCAUUCCAGUGGAGGGGCUGAAGAGUCAGAAGUAUUUUGAUGAGCUGCGUCUGACAUACAUAAAUGAGCUUGAUCGUGUAAUCAACUACGGCAGGAAGACCAACUGCGCCAUGCGCUUCCAUCAGCUGACCCGACUGAUGGACUCACUGCAGCCGGUUGUUCGGAAGUUGCACCAGUUCACCUUUGACCUCUUUGUCCAAGCUCGGUCUCUGCCCACAAAGGUCAGCUUUCCCGAAAUGAUUGCAGAAAUAAUCUCGGUCCAGGUGCCAAAGAUCCUCGCCGGCUUGUCUAAACCAAUCCUGUUUCACAAAUGACAAGACUACACCCCUGAACCACUCAUCCAUACCAACCCCACCCAGGCCAUAUGAGCCAGUCAGUCUGGUCUGAUCAGGUUUGAUCCAGCCUAAACCAGCCUGUCAUGCAUUUAAUCUGGACUCGAAUCGAGCGAUGGGACUGAACGAUACUGAUUUUUUUUAUUUCCAUUUUUUAACCCCCCCCCCCCCCUUUCUUUAUCAGUCUCGUCUCUCUCUCUCCUUUUGAAAAAUGGCCCUGAAAAGUAGCGGGACCAUUACAUCAUUACAGUUGUCUAUCUUCUCCUCAGAGAUCAUUUGAGCUCAUUUUCUCAAACUGACAGCAUGGCGUGAAGCAGGUUUUGUUCUUUCUUUCGACCAGCAGUUAUCCUUCAAGAGUUACAGCUUGUUGCCUGGUGGACAGGUUGGAAAAAAAUAUAUAUCACACUGAAGUUUCAUCUGAGCCCUUAAUCAAAAAAAAGGACAUUAUGCAGAUCUCUAUCAGAGUCUGUGACCUGCCUCCACUCUAUGCACUGCAGUGUAAGAAGGUUUCAUUUAUUGUCCAUGACUUGAGAGAUCAGGAAAAGCAAAGCAGUAUGCAUAGAGAAAUACAUCCGGACGUGACGCAAACGGUGACAGGAUCUCUUCGCUUGUGACUUACUCUUGUGAGUUAAAACAACACACUACUAAAUACAGUAUUGUAGUAUUACAACAGUAUUUCAGUAAUGCAGGCUGGCUAUCACUCUCCUUCCUGCUUUAUUAGUUUAUUGAUUGUAAAACAAGUGCUUCAUUCAUUUCUUAUGAAAUGUAGAGGCUUUUUAAAAGCUUUUAAAAGAGGCAUCAUUCUUUUGGGUCAGACAAUUUGUGACUUUGUCAUUCAAUUGAAAGUCUCUCACAGUUGGGUUUCGACACUAAGAAUGAAAGAACAGCACAAUAAUAAAAGAAACAUCAUCAAGAGUUGCCGCCAGACAGCAGACUUUUGUUAAGAUGCAACCUGGAAAUUUAAGUGCAGGUUUUAGGGUAUAUUGUUGACAGUUUGUACAUAAAUACAGCAAGGCUUGGGUCAGCAAAGAAGAUCUUCAAAUAUGUACACAAAUAUAUAAAUCUAUGCAUGCAGUCUUCAUAUUCAUCAACAAAACAACAAAUAAUUGCAUGAUAAAGCCCUAGAUAUUCAAACAAACCUAACUGUCUUUCCAGUAAGCUAAAUGGAUAUUGUUAGGAAACGGGACUGUUUCCCAUAAGGCUCUUAUGAAGUUGCUCGCUCUCUUUAUCUCUUUCACUGUCCUUAAUGGAAAAUUUGGCAAGGUAAUGUUCUUGUAUAUAUAUCUGUAAAAGUUAAGCGUGGUCCUUUUAAAUCUUUCUAUGUGCUAAUGUAUGGAUGUAGUCAAUAGUUUUACAGUACAGUUUCCUCUUUCCUUUAUAGUAAGUGCCACUGAGGGAUUUGUAUUUCUCGCGCAAAGCAAUAAGCAAUCACAAGCUUAACACACUCUUUUAAUGAGCUCUUUUAGAAUACCAAAACAUGCUUCAAAUGGUGCACAGCUUUAAAAAAAAAACACUAAAAAAGAGCUAUGCUUAUGUGCUAACGCUGGACUGUUAUUUUUUCAGAAACUCGUACCAAAUAGUCUACCUUUACACCAUUAACUGUCGCAAAUCAACGACGAGUGGUGCUGAAGCUCUCCUCCUUAUUAACGAGGAUGCUAACAGGAUGGUUCACCCAAAAAUGAAAAUUCUGUCAUCAUUUACAAUAUUUUAAGUUGUUCUCAACCUGUAGUAGGCCUAGUUGUUUUGUUUCUCUCUCUUUCUCUCUGCUGAACACACAGUAUGUGUGUAAACAUGCAGCAGUUGCUGGUAGUAUGGGGGAAAAUACAGUGGAAGUAAUAUUUUCAAAAAAUCUUUUGUGUUCAACAGAAGAAAGAAACUAGGCUACAACAGGAUUGGAAAAACUUGAGGCUGAUAGCACAAUUUUCGUUUGUUGGUGAACAAUCCCUUUAAACGAGACAAAAAAAAAACAAAAAACAAAACAAAGCCUAUGUAUUUUUUACUCCGCUUUCGCUUCAAUUAAAGCAUCCUCUAUGUAUCUGUCAGAACGGAACAUCUUUACUCGUUUUCCUCGUACUCCGGCGCAGCGCGUGUUUUCUAGACGUCGUGUCAACUUCCCUCCGCACGCUCUCCGUUUCUAAAUGAUUGAAUAAUGCCUGCAGCGUUAUGUAUGUAGAUUACUCUUUAAAGAGCCCUAAAAUCGCGGCGCUGUGUUGUCUUUGUCAGGCCUGGGUGACCUGGGGUGUACUUUCGGCAGAGCACAGAGUUUCCCGGUGAGCUGAGACGACGAGAUGUGGUUUAGCUGCUCGAGCUCUUGUCGCCGCGGAGCAUGUUGACGGUUUAAAUGUGCCAGACAGAGAAUAGGCUGUCAGAGACAGCUCCUCUGCGCUGACAAGCACCGAGCUCCGCGCAAUUACACGCAGGUGUUUACCCAUUUUGACGGCCCAAAAGCACUCAUUAGAAUUUGCAGAACUCCAAACUGCACUUUUACCCUGCCAAAAAAGAAGUCAUGACUUUCCCACAAACCUGCAGCGCUUUAGGACAGAGCCGAAGCCAAAGUCUAAUCACAAAGUCGUUCAUUAGCCGACGGAUUCUCGGAGGGCGCACUUGCAUGUUAAACAGAUAUAGUUCGUUUAUACUUGACUUUGCGAAGGACGCGUUCUCUCGCUGUCUUAUAAUAUUGUCUGUUUGUAAUGUCAGUCAGAUGUAACGGCUCGUGAACCGACUCGUGCUUGGAUAAGCUGCUUUGUGACUCUCUGAACACAUCUCUUAUUAGCUAUGAUGUAGAACUUUGCGUGUUGGUUUUCAAUUAAAGUUUGGUCAACCAAUAGCAAAAGCAUAUGUGUGUGUGUUUAUUAUGUGCCCUUAUAAAUCUGUUAGAAGGCACUUAUAGGUCCUUAUAGGGAGUUCUAAAAAAGGGGAAGAAAGCAAAAAGGGCUUUUUUUGUCUUUUGUAAAAUACUGAAUUUGGCCUGUGUUGAUGACAAAACAAGGUUUGCUUUGAUCCAACCAAUGUUUCUACUCUCACAUGAACAAGAGAAGCUGGAGUCUUAAUAACAGUCUGCAUGUCACCAGGAUGCUUCCUGUUGUAAAUUGUUCUUUCUACUAUGGGGGAAAUGUUACUAAACAGUUUCUCGCUGAUAUAUUUUCCCCAGCAAUGAGGAAAGUAAUUGGGGUUUCUAAUGUGUAGUAUCUUGACAUAAAGUUGUAUGUUGAACUGAGAGCACCACACUGGUUUACAGAUGCUAAAUGUGCAGAAACCAUAUGAGUUGUUUGCUGGCAGAGCUGUAUCUAUUUAUGUCCUUUUUCAGCUUUGUAAACCAUAUAAAAACUCCCAUAUAUAUGUAACAAAGACUUGGUUUUUUAACUUUCUUCGCUGGCUGAUACAAGCAAUUAAUCUUUAGUGAAUGCUUUUUUACAGCUUUUUUCUCUGGUGUGAAUAAUUCCUGUCUUUUCCUGGUGUUAUGGGAUAUUUUUUGCUUUUCCAUAUGCAGGAGGAGCUAGUUUGGCUUUAUGUUACUAGA